AGCAGAAGAUGAGCAUCAGGAAAGCAGCGCCUUCUCUGCUUCUCCCCAUCUCCCAAAUGCUGAAGUACCAAGUCUCGGGACUGUAGCAGAGGAGCGGCUGUGAGGCCAUUGUAAGAGACAAGAUUUACUGCACUAAUUAAACCUGAGCAAGCUGUAACAAGUGAAAAAAAAUGCCUAUAUUAGAUUAAAGAACUUGUCCAAGGUCUCACCUGUCUGUGGCAGAGCUGGAAACAGAAGCCAAACCUUGUGACUCCCAAUCUUGUACUAUAACUAAAAGACCAGCUCUGCUCUUCAUGCUGUGUCGCCCUUGCUCUAAUCUUAGGAAGGCUGUGGAAACACGGGGGUUUACAACAAAGUGAAGAGAACAGCACACUACAUCAGCGGUGAAAACUUCAAAGACUUAAUUAAAAAUGUCUAGCAAAACAGUUAGCACCACAAACAAUAUAGCUCAGGCCCGAAGGACUGUUCAGCAGCUAAGACUAGAAGCUUCAAUAGAAAGAAUAAAGGUGUCAAAAGCCUCAGCAGAUUUAAUGUGCUAUUGUGAAGAACAUGCCAAGAAAGAUCCUUUACUAAUGGGCAUACCUACUUCCGAAAACCCUUUCAAGGAUAAGAAAACAUGCAUUAUAUUAUAGAGGGGCAGCAAGUGCCUCCGUAGUUUUUCCAAGCAAAACAAAAAGGCAGGUUCUUAAAUAACCUAAUGGUCAUCUGGUAUCAGUAGCUUAAAGCAGCAGUUCUUUUACCAUGUGCGUAAAUGAUUUUUUAGUUUUUUUAAAAGGUUUUGGGUUUGGGAUUUUUUCUUUUAGCAUCCUUCCUACAAAGCCAGAUUACAAACUCAGUUAUCCUCUUCCUUAUAAAAUGGAGUGGGAUUUUUGACGUAGCUAGUAAUUCUGCUGUGUCAGCUCUUCUGUAAUGAGAAGGAAUGGGCUGAGGUGGGGUUCUUUUCUAAAUGUUCAUUAAGUACAUUUCAGUUGGGCUACGCAAUCAAAACCAAAGUUGCCUGAGCAUCAUUUACGGACCAGAAAGACAAAUCAUUUGAGUUCUAGUCAAGCAUAUUUUUGUGCAUGUGUGUUUGUUUAUGUGGAGACACGUUCCAAAGUGCAUUCUCUAACAAAAGACUCCUCGCAAUGACUGCUUCAACUGUUGAGAAACUCUGGAGGUUCCUGCCUUUACCUUUUAGUUAUGUAUUCAUUUUUUAAAUG